UGGGACUUUAAACCCUCGCAGACGGUGAUCACCUGUUCACCGGGGGAGACGGUGCUCGCCUUCUACACCGCCCGAAAUCACCUCGAUCGGCCGGUUAAUGGCAUCGCCACCUACACCAUCCUCCCCUACGAGGCGGGCAAGUACUUCAACAAGAUCCAGUGCUUCUGCUUCGAGGAGCAGCAGCUGAAUGCGGAGGAGGAGGUCGACCUGCCCGUCUUCUUCUACAUCGACCCCGAGUACAGCCGCGACCCGUACCUGUUUGAGAAUGAGGACAUUGUCCUCUCCUACAACUUCUUCGAGACGAAGGAGGGCUACAAGCUGCCGAAGCAGCCGGGCACGAGGGUUCACCUGCCCUCCAUUGACAACCAAGCUCGUCUCAAACAGCAGUCUGAAGUUGCCUCAGUAGCCUAG